CAUGUACCUAUAAGAAAAGGAAACAAAGAAAGUCCGACUGUUUCGCCACCUACUUCCCCAGGGUUCUGAAGCAGGUUCACCAGGGUCUGAGCCUCUCGCAGGAGGCCCUGAGUGUCACGGAUUCGUUCUUCAAGGACAUUUUCGAGCGCAUCGCUGAGGAGGCCUCUCGCCUGGCCCGCUUCACCAAGCACUCCACCAUCACCACCAGGGAGAUCCAGACAGCUGUGCGCCUGCUGCUGCCUGGGGAGAUUGGCAAGCACGCCGUGUCCGAGGCCCUGAAGGCCGUCAUCAGGUUCUACGGACGCAAAUGA